GGGCGAGACCUCUUCAUGAGGAACAUUACAGUCACAUCUUGUUGGCAUACUUAUCCGAUGUAGAAGUGAUUGAAGAAAUUGAGCAUAUUGGGCCAGAUGAAGGUGCCAAGCCUCUUUGCAUCUCCGAAGGCGAUGCUCAACAUUGUGGCACUUUUCCUGCGACGGGAGGUGCUUGGUGCAACAUUUAGGGAAUCAAUCAAGUUGUCCCAAUCGGGAAUCCAUCAAGCAUCCUAAGACUGGAGGAAGUAUAGUUCUUCAUCAAAGGACGCAGGAAAUAAAUAGAGUUCUUCCAAGAGCAUUGGAGACGCACAGAAUUCCACCAGGAAAACUAGGAUGACUCAAAUAUUACAUAGAAUUCCACCAGUACUAGGAUGACUUUCGAGACGGAUAUAAUGGAUUCCCAAAUUAUAUUGCUAAAACGACCGACACAGAGAAGUUCGCACGAGGAGCACCACAUCCGCCUCCAGAAUUUUCGACGCCACGUAGCAGAAUUAGGCACAUGUCCUUGGAAACGGAGGGUUCCAAGCGUUGGCGGUUGUCCUUAAGGGGGCUUGAGUGGAUAGUUAAGGCUCAAAACAUUUCAUCUCUACAACAAGUCACUUCAUGCUUGUAGUUUCCUUCAUUUUAGGACUGUGCAGGCAAGAAAUAAAAUGUUUUGGGCCUUAUAAGAUAGGCCACGACAAAGAUGCCAGAAGAAGUGACUGGAUAGCAGACAAAGAACUGUAUUUGGAAACCACAGGGAGACGGCAUGGCUGUGAGUACUGUCGAUGCAGCACUGAGGACCAAGUGGAAACUGGAUGGGCCCUUACAAGUAGUUACGAAACUGGAUUGUCUUCAAGUAGUAAAGCUAAAGAAGCUGGAUUGUGGUGGUCAAGUAGUAUAGCGAAACUUCAUGAUGGCUUACAAGUAGUAAGUUAGGGCAUUGCAUGAUCGCUCCUUGUUUUGAGGUAAGGGAUUGUCGCACUCGCAAGUCUAAUGUUAAACUGAUGUUGGCGCCAGUGCUGCCAGUGGUGUAAAGAGGAAUUCUUCACGCGUAACGGGUGCAGAUAUUUCUGCUGUUGCUGGGCCUUUGGAACAUCGUAAGGCCUGCGUGUUAACACAUUUCAGAACAAGCGUAGAGAAUUUUUAGCAAUGUGAGGUUAACUGUGAUGUAGCACAUUGCUAAAAAUUUUGUACGCUUGUUCUGCAUCCAUGUUCUACUAUGUAGGAAGUGGACCACACAGUCGGCGUUUUCCCAUUCCUUCGAGCUGCCACUUCUGCGUGUGCGGAUGCUCGUGGUCGGAUUGAGGCAGAGCACAGACAAUGGCGACACGAGUACAAUCAAAGGGUCACCGACGACUGUUUCGCUAAGUGUGCAGAGCGACGAAGGGAACAAUUGUCCGGUCGUGGACCAAGGCGAGCCGACUCGAGAAACGAUAGAAGAAACAAAAGAAGUGGAGGAACCUACAAUGAAGAGCAGCCGUCUUCUUCUAAUUGCACUUGGAACAAACGACCCCUUUCGUCAGAAGGGGGACUGACGUCAGAAGAGGUGACCAGCAGGCUGCUUUCAGAAAGAGUUGCUACUCGCUCUGCUUCUGUCCGACCGUCUUCAGCAAGGCGAGUGGUCGAGGAAAACUUCUUCAGUGGUGGACCUGUGGAGACGUGUGAACCUGAAGUCGUCACUGCCGCGUGGUUGCGCGAGUUGUUUAUGAAGGAAGACAUAGUGGAGAAUCGAGUCGCUUUUCUAGAUGCCAUCGCGCGUUUGGCACGAACACGUGGGAUACAAGACGACGAUACCUGCAUUACAACUAGUGGACCCGAUACUGAGGGAGACUACUACACGAGCUGGGGUAGUGCUGCUACUGGAGGAAGGGCGCGUGGAGGUGGUGUGGAGACGUGUGCAACUGCUAAAGAGAUUAAUAUUCUGGACGAGGGGAGCAGUACAGCAACUACACGACCAAUGGAGGCGCCAAAAGAAGUACACAACAAGGAGAGCUUCCACACACGCACAACUGGAAGUUCGUCUCGUACAGUAACUUUUGCCCCGUCAGUGCGUACUAUUCAUCCUCGUUCGUCCUCUCAUUCGCCAGAGGGUUGCCCUACUUCUUCAAGUUCGUACGAACUCGGUAGUGGGUCCUUUAGUCCGGCUAGUCCCGACCGUGCAGCAGGUGGCGCAUCUCUACCGAGUAAGCGAGGGCCGUCUCUCUUCGACCUCCAAGCUUCCAACGGAAAGAAAGAACAAAGUUCUGUCUUCGACCAAGCUUCCAACGGAAAGAAAGGAGGUGGAGAACAUCUGCAAGGUUCGAAACACUUGUGUGAAGACCGUUUCGCGAUGCAGGAGAAUAGUCUACUGGGUACAGAAGACGUAUCAAACGCGCGAAGAGACCACUUUUCAGUGCAGGAUGCUUUGAAUGAUAUUAAUCGUUUUUUGGCAAGAAAAGCCGCGACAUUAUCUCGAAGUACUAUCGGUAGUGGCCUCGGCGUAUCUUCUCUUAAGGAAUUAUUCUACAGGUGUAGCUUUUUUUAGUUUAUGUGCUGUUCCUUCAUGUACGCAGACAGAGGCAGCCUGUUUGUUAGAAGGGAGAAGUGACUCACAACUUCAAACAUUCAGUUUAGAUAUGAUCUGUACUUUUCUUUGUAGUCGAAAAUGCAAAAGGAUGCUGUCUCUGCUGGCUUUCUCUUCACGAUUGAGCACGAUCAACAGGAUCUCAAAUUUGUUAGAAUUUUGUACAUCGUUUACAUACUGCAUUUUCUAACAAUACUACUACUAGGAGCUCGACGCCUUUUUUGCCGCAGGAACAGCAUCAACUUCGCGCAGCUACCUCUACUGGGUUACUGAGAGCAGGCUCCGACACACCUCCGACUUUUCGCUCUUCUUCACGCGCUUCGUGGACUCUCUCUCCUCAAACUGCUACAACCCUGCCUCCAUCUAGUACCUCCAUACCUCAUGGUGUUGCUAAACCUCUCAAUUCUAUGCCUCAUGGCAGCACGACUAGUGCGACAGUUGGCAUUUCUCACACGACUGGUGCUGGUAUUGCUUCUAGCACGUCUGCUAGAAGUUUCUCUCCUUCGUGUCCGAAUACCUAUUUACCGAUACUACGAGGUGGUGGAGGUGGAAAAAAAGAGACUUCUCGGAACAGGGUUGAGUUAUGGUCGGCUUAAUUUGUCCAUCUUUCUCGGUAUCUUGCAACUCUUUUCCCAAUACAAGGGAAAAGGGGAACGAGGUGAGGGGAUCGAGAUAAAGAGUGGACGACUUUAAGUGAGAGCACUUUACGCGGAGAGGUGUCUUCACAUGGAGAUGCGUCUUCACUUGGCGGCGUGUCCUCCUCAUCCGGCUACCAGUCGGAUUCGUUAUCACCGCUAAGCUUUCGCAGUAACAUGGAAUAUCCAAGGACUGGUCUGUCCCCUGCAUCUUUUGGUAGUCCAACAUCGAUGUCUGCCUUUGACAGUGUAGGUAGCAGUCCUAUGCGAAAUCUUAAUCACUUCGAUAUUAUGGUUGCAGGAGCUACAUCAAGUAUGACAGGAACAUCGAGUAUAGCAGGAACAUCAAGUAUAGCAGGAACAUGGAGUAUGACAGGAACAUGGAGUAUGUUGACAGGAGCUACAGCUAGUAUGAUAAGAACAGAGGGUAUCACGGGAGCAGCAGCUAGCAGUCAGCUGAACGAAGACGAUGGAAGACCUACUUGCGGUACAGCAACGCCUAUUUUUGGCGGUUCUACUUCUAGUUUUCUUUUCAACGGUGCUUCGAGGACUCGGAACAGCGGUAACGCAGCUUCUGCUAACGCAAACGCUCGUCCGGAUUCUCUCGCUAUCGUGCAAGAAUGUCUUCGUGAACUAGUGCUGAGUGGCACGACGGCGACCGGUUGUAAGACUAGAGGAGCACAAGACUUUGCGGCUGAUCGAGUAGAGCCAGAACCACCACGACUAUCAGAUGAAAAAGAGCCACAUCAAAGCAGUACAACUGGCGUAUCACCAGCAAAUGAGAAAGAACCACAUCAAAGUACGACUAGUUGUACGAUAACAACAAGACACCAACAAAAUAGAGAUGAUGAGUUUCCGUGUCGUAUACCAUUGGCGCCACAUCGGCGCACCUCUGACGACGACGUCGGGUAUCCAAAGCGUCUACUGCAGAAUGCGCAACCAGCAGGAUAUUCCUAUGGCCUCCCUAAUCCAUCUUCGGAAGCACCGGAGAGACGUUUUCAAGGGAAGAGCAUUCGAUGCUGGAGGGACUUCGAGAUGGAUUAGGGUGAGCUCUAAUAUUUGGCUGAACGUUCACCUGAGGAUUCUCGGGUUUCUAUUAUGGCUGUAGCUUGUCAGGAGACGAUCAGUUGUUUCUACAGAAAAUAUUGACAUUUGAAUUUUAGAUCAACAUGAACAUCACAACCUCUUUUGAUCAAGAAUAUCAGCAUUCAUCAACAUAUUACCACGCACUUUAAUAUCCGUAUUACGAUACUGUUGAUUCGCAUGAUAAGAACAUUGCACCAAGAAAACCGAACGAUCAACAGCAUACUAAGGUUGCAUGCGAUUUUUCCGAGGUCGUUCUCUAAGUUUUCGAGUGCAUCUGCCCAGCCCUCUAGAAGAUUUCCGUAUGUGCCGUUUCCGCCAACAUCGGAUUUUCCUGCAUGGAAGAACUGUUUCUCAAAGCAUGCUGCUCAUUCAUCUGGGGAUGCUUACUCUCCGUCUCCCAGCACUUCUCGAUCGUCCGCAGGAGGUGUGUCGGCAAACCAUGAGACACCAGAGCAACGGGCAGCGCGACGCAGUCUUGCCAGGACCGACUCCGCGAUGGGAGAUGAGCACUUUUAUGAUGGAUUGUCUUUUUCACUGUCCCAUGAUAGAUUCUGUCACAUGAUUGUACUGUUAGAUUGAGAUUUUGCAGCGAAAAUCCCAUAGUUACUGUUACUCUCAAUAUGAUCACUAUAAAUCUUUACUAGGAAGAUUUUGCUUGUUCUGCUACCCCUCGUGUCUACUUUCUAACACAUUCGUCGAAGACUCGCGGGACCGUUGCGGUUUUCGCCUUUGUUGCAUCAGCAUUGUCGGCUCUCAGGCCAGUUCGGGAAACCGCCGAGUUACAUUCGUGGCACCUAUCAUCAAGAGUUUCCAUGUUGUUUUAAGGCCCAUGAUGGUUCUCGUGGAGCGUGUGAGAGAGAUGAAGACAGGCGACUGAUGGUUGACUUGGCUGCUCUGAUGAUGGUUUUCUUGGAUGAUCUUUGUAAUUUGGAGCUUGGAUAAUGUUUGUAACUUCAUUCUUUCAACGAAAAGCUUCUUUCAACGAAAAGAGUCGUAGGUAGUUUUUCUCUCGUAGUUUUCCCGUUAUGAUUUUUACAAGCGGUACUUUCACUUCUUUACUCCUCUUCUAAUCUUAGUUGCUAUUGUCGUUUCCAUGUCCAGUCAUACGCGAAACGUCCCGUUUGGUGCGGCAUCUGCGCUCACUCGGACGCACUUUGCGCUGAGUACGAAGUAGAAGGACUAGAUCCACCUCGUUGGGCACUACGGUAUGCCGACAGGUAUUUUGGUCAGGAUGAAGAGGGUCGAGGUGAUGGGGCUGAUACUGUAACAUCAAGGGGGCUGAUACUGUAACAUCAAGGAAGUUUCGAAGUGGCGAGGCUGGUGCCUCGGGAAGAGAGAAUCCUCCUUCGAGUAGUGCUGCUGCUGUUGCUCAGGCCUUGCUAGUGAAAGUGGUGGCCCAGCUGUAAUGCUAGAGGCCUCCAACGAGGAAACUGGUCGAAGUAUCGUAGACGGACAUAAGGAAAAGAGAUGCGGGGCCACUGGUUUCAGUGGGCGGCUUCGAUUUGGAGAACAGUUUCAGUUUUUAUGUUGUUGCGUUGGAGCAUCUAUAGUGUAGUUGUUCGUGACAGAUUAUGAGAAUUCAAUAGCGGUCGCAUUGUACACCCAGUGUCUGGCGAAGAAGCCUGCAGGUGGAAGCGGGUAACUCGUAUUAAGAACUCCUUAUCCCGAGGUCAUAAAGCAUGGCCCAUAGUGUGCUUGCUUUUCUACUAUCAUUUAAUACAUGGUUUUCAUGACUGAGAAUAUACUUGGCCCACUAUCAUUUACUUGAGUCUCUACCAUUUUUUGUUGAUACUCAGUGUCAGCGCUCAUUCUACCCUAAAAGAAACGUGUCUCUACCACAAGGAAAGCGCCUUGUGCUACCAAUACAAAAUUUUGUAUGUACUAUGGGAUGCUGUCUGUGUUAAGACCCAUCAAUUCGUUUCCAGAAAAGUUUCUGGUCUGCCAAAGUCAAAAAAAGUGUCGAUGAAGAUUAC